UGUUUUCAAUUGACAGCUUUUUAAUGAAUGCUUAGGGGAUUCUCAAUAUCUGUGAAGCGCAAAUAGCUUAAAAUGUGUGACAAUUUAGAAAGGAAGUGCUUCCUUUCGAGCCAAGUUAGCAUUUAGGUUAGCUAAACAUAGCCAUAGCAUAACGAGCCGCUAACUCUCCUCAGGUAUGCAACAAAAGAAAGCUUCUAAAAAACAUAAAGAGGAUUUUAAUCGAGCAGCACCACAUCCGCCUGAAUGAUGACCGAGAGAGCCAGCAAAGACAAACCCAGGCGGAGUCUGUCAUUGUCAAAGAGUAAGAAGAAAGGCAACGUCAAUGCUGGGAUUACUGCCAGUGCUGCCACCACAACUCCCAUCACCUCGUUCUUCAGCAGCCAGCCUCCACCCAAGCUGGCCUGCCCCCUGUGUGGCCAGUUGGUACCAAGAUUCAAGAUCAAUGAGCACAUUGAUUUUCAAUGUCAGAACUUUGAGAGAGGAGACUGCAGUGCCGCCUCAGCAAGUAAUAGUGUUGUGCAAAGCAUCCAGCUGUCACCCAGGAGGAGUCCCCCAAAGUCUCCAGAGCUGGAUGCAAAGAGGGAAGAAGAGGUUAAAGACACGGAGACUAGUCCAUAUUUUAAAAAGAAUAACUCUCAGCAGGCACCACGGGAGAUAAAAAGUAAAAGCGUGGUCAGGAGGAUUGAUCUGGGAAGUCUCUCCUCCAAGUUAUCAAGAAAAUGCCACAAGGUACCUGAGAGGACACAGACUGUGGAUGCGGCAAUGUGUCCUGAAAAUGAGACACUCAACAGCUCACAGAAAGAAAAUCUCCUGAUUCAGAGUUUAGAGGACAAAAAAGACAGUGUGGCAGUCACUGACUUUACUGAAACUUGUGACAACACUACAACAGAUCUAUCAGACAAAAGAUCUAAUCUUGAACAGAAAGCAUCUAAAUCAGAGACUUUCCAAAAAGUAUUGACACCAAAGGUGCGCUCUUCUCCCUCCAAACUAUCAAAGAGAAAAAAGGGAACAUCUUCCUCUAGCAGGGUGUCUGUUUUCAGAAAGAAAGCAAAAUAUGAGGGGAACAGCAGGGAGGGAACGUCUCGUGAGAGUGUAGCAGAGACGACUAAUAGAGACCAGCUUGAAACAAAGGUUCCUUCUUCCACUACUUGGGACCCCCCUCCAAGUUCAGAGGAAACAUCUAAGAAAAGUGGUGCAGCGAUCAAUAGUGAUUCAUUGGCAGAGUCUGGUGCUGAAAACAUUGCUAGUGACCAGGCUGUCGAGAGCUCUCAUCCCCCACGGCUUCCCUACUACCUCCGUAACUUCAGGACCGUACUACAGGCCGUCCUGGAGAACAAGGACGAUGGGUCAUUGUUUAACCAGGAUGAUAUGUCACUCGUACAUGCAUUUGAGAACCUCUCAGUGAUGGGACAGAAGCUCUAUGUGAGACUCUUUCAGAGGAAACUGAGGUGGCUCCAAGUGAAUAAACUGGAUUAUGAGGAGAUCUGCAGUGAUCUGGGACCCGUUGCUCAGGAGCUGGUCCAAAGUGGUUUUCUACAAUCGGAAAGCGACCUUCAGGAUUUGGGGGAGGCCCUGGAUCUCCUUCCUGCUCCUGAGCUCAAAGCUCUGGCUAAGACUUUUCAUUUGGGAAACUCUGGGAUUCAGAAACAGCAGCUAGUGGACGGACUUCUCCGUCUGAGCAGGCAAAAGUCCCUCUUCUCUCAGACACCUGCUCAAAACAACAUCGGGACUGUCAUCCUAAAAAGGGCAAAGCAGCUCGCUAGUUCCUGCGUGCGCCUGUGUCGUGGUCCUCGGGCUGUCUUCUCUCGCAUCCUCCUCCUCUUCUCUCUGACGGACACCAUGGAUGAGGAGGAGAUAGCGGCUGGCGGGCAGAGCCAGCUCUUCACCAUCCUGCUGGUAAACUCGGGACGCCUGGCCUUCCCAGACUACACAGUGCAGCGUAAAGCCAAGGUGUUCCAGGACAGAGAGGAUCUUAUCAGAUAUGAAGCAUCUAUGCGAGCCCUGCUAGAGAUAGUCACAGCGAUGCAGGGAGGUCAGUGGGAAGAGGCCAUGGAGCUUUACACUGCUGCCAAAAGUGCCUGGCAGGAGCUGAGGAAAAACCAUGACCUCAGUCACCAGCAGCAGCUGCCUGUGUUCCUGCGCAGCUUCACUGUAGGAUGGGCUUACACUCGGAUCUUAUCCAGAGGGGUGGAGAUCCUGCAGAGGCUACGUCGCUAUGAGGAGGCUGUUGAGGAGCUGCGUUCUUUACUGGAACAGUUUGUUUACUGUCCUGACAGUCGAGGACGAUGGUGGGACAGAUUGGCGCUAAACCUUCACCAGCACCUUAAAAAACCUGAGCAAGCUAUUUGUGCCAUCAGAGACGGGCUCUCAGACCCUCUGGUGCGGACUGGACAUAAACUCUCUCUUCAUCAGAGAGCUGUUAGGAUGAAAGAGUCUGCCAGCUUGAAGAAGUAUCGCCUGCAACUAAAAGAUCUGCCCACUAUCCACGUCCAAGAUGUCACACAUGUGACCAUCAGGGGGCAGCUGUUCCCUCAUGAGGGGGGCAUGGGUAAAUCCAGGUUUCUUAUAACCGUAAAUGGAGAGGGAGAAGAGAGUGCUGAUGCCACAGUAAUAUGCUCUGUGGAAGAGCUGUCUUUGGCACAUUACCGCCAACAAGGCUUUGACCAAGGGAUCCAUGGAGAGGGCUCAACAUUCUCAACAUUGUUUGCUCUGCUGCUAUGGGACAUCAUUUUUAUGGACGGUAUUCCAGAUGUUUUCAGAAAUCCAUACCAGACAUGUCCACUGGAUCUUUACACUGACUGUUUCUAUGAGAACAGAAAAGAGGCGAUUGAUUCUCGUGUGCAGUUACUCAGCGAGUCGUCUGUGGAGACUCUGCAUGACAUGUUGGAAGAUGUCUGGACCUCUCAGGAGAGUAAAGUGUGUUCGCUGGUCAACUGGGAGCGUUUCUCAUCACUUCAACAGGCACAGUCUCUCGUGUCAUGUCUGGGUGGAGUGUUCUUGGGAGGGGUAAUAGCACGAAUGUCAAAAGACUACAGGCACUGCCGUGGAGGUUUACCUGAUCUAGUGGUGUGGAACACCUCAAACAACACCUACAAGUUGGUGGAGGUGAAGGGGCCCAAUGAUCGGCUGUCCCAGAAGCAACAGAUAUGGUUGGAUGAGCUGCAGAAACUGGGGGCUGGUGUGGAGGUGUGUCACGUGACGGCUACUGGGGCCAGAGGAGCUCGUCUGGAAUAAACAGACACAGAAGAACUGACUGAUGAGACUUUGCUGCUAAUUAAUCAGAGUGUGGUGAAAAUGGAAACAUCGACAGACAGAAAAAAAAAAUAUCUGUGAGCUUUUUCUGAUUCUGGUUAUCUAGAAUAGAUUUGACAUUUGUCUCAAGAACUCCAUUUAUAUUCAGUAAAUCACAAAUUUUAAUCUUAUUUAAGUAUAGGGAGUCUUGUGGCAGCAAGCAUGCCUUGUGACAUGUGGCAUUGACAUCAGGGUAACCACUCUGUUCAACAGAAAGAGGUGGAUCAUGAGAUGAAGAUCAUCACAGAGAACUGCCAGGAUCAGAAAUAGCUUUCCAACAGAUAAUCAGAGCUGAUGCAUGGCAGGAAAUGCAUCCAACAAGCACACCAAACUGAUGGUGUUUCCUUUCCUUUGGCAAUAACACUAUAUUCUCAGGAUCUUGGGUUGCCAAGCAACGACAACUCACAUUUAGUUGGCUGCUUAUAAAUUGUAUGACAGCUCUACAAGUUUGUUAUGCAAGUAAUUACUGUAAUAAUUUGCCUAUAAAUAUGCUGCUCUUAAACUGCUCUUACUCUACCAGAAAAAUUAAAUUAUAGGUAUUUAACUAGUGAUUGUUUUCAUUAUUGAUCAAGUUGCAGUUUGUGUUCUCCAUUAAUAAAAAACUGUGUAAAUUACAAUUUCCUAGAGUCCAGUUGUGGUCGUCACAUCGCUUGUUUAGUUUGAAAAAAUAUUUCGCUUACUACAACAACCAUUGCAUCGGACAAAGAAAAUCUUCACAAUUGAGUAGCUUGAAUUGGGAGUGUCUUAGUAUAUGUUUGUUUAAAAAUGACUCAAAUGAUUAACUGAUUAUCAAACCAGUUGCCAAUUAAAAAGAUAUGACACUAAACUGCCUCCGUAUGUAAAAAUGCAAGCACUGAUGUGUAC